UCUGCAACCUAUCCAGACACCGCCGACCGGAUCACUUUGGAAUAUAUACUCCUCAUCUACAACUCUCCAUCUGCUCUCCAGCGCUCCACCGAGUUUGGUUUGAGAGCAUCUGAGACAAGAAACUCUCUCUUUCUGUUUUUGCUUUACAUUUCUUUAAUGAAUUGGGCUGUAGUCUUUCCCCAAACUCGUAGUUGCCCAUUUUUCCAAAUGCUCCGCCUGCCAGUCUGGCUUUGCAUGUGGGUAUAGCCGGUGAUUUCAGCCUGCGUCCAGGUGGUGCACGGGAAAGGGUUGCACAGGGAAUAUUUUAUCUUUAAUAAUUUAUCUUUUUUGGACGCGCGUCCACUAUUUUUUCCUCCACAAUGGCUGAUGCAAACGCAGAAUGCAAUAUCAAGGUGUUGUGUCGAUUCCGUCCUCUUAACAAGUCCGAAAUUAUCCGCGGAGAUAAGUUCAUCCCAAUAUUUCAAGGAGAAGACACUGUCAUCCUCGGGGGGAAGCCCUACGUGUUUGACCAGGUGUUCCCCACGAAUGCCACUCAGUUACAGGUCUACAACACCUGUGCCAAGCAGAUCGUCAAAGAUGUACUGGGUGGAUACAAUGGGACCAUCUUUGCCUAUGGGCAGACGUCCUCUGGAAAAACACACACUAUGGAGGGGAACCUACACGAUCCCCAGGGAAUGGGAAUCAUCCCCCGCAUCGCAGAGGACAUUUUCGAACAUAUAUUUGCUAUGGAUGAGAACCUAGAGUUUCACAUAAAGGUCUCCUACUUUGAGAUCUACAUGGAUAAAAUCCGGGAUCUGCUGGAUGUGACAAAAACCAAUCUGUCGGUGCAUGAAGACAAAUACAGAGUUCCUUAUGUGAAGGGCUGCACGGAGCGCUUUGUCACAAGCCCAGAGGAAGUGAUGGAUGUCAUAGAUGAAGGGAAGGCCAACCGUCACGUUGCAGUCACCAACAUGAAUGAGCACAGUUCCCGCAGUCACAGCAUCUUCCUGAUAAACAUCAAACAAGAACACGUGGAGACAGAGCAGAAGCUGUGUGGGAAGCUGUAUCUGGUCGACCUAGCUGGGAGUGAGAAGGUCAGUAAGACAGGUGCGGAGGGAGCAGUGCUGGAUGAGGCCAAGAACAUCAACAAGUCUCUGUCGGCCCUGGGGAACGUCAUCUCAGCUUUGGCCGAAGGAACGAAAUCCCACGUACCGUACCGCGACAGCAAGAUGACUCGCAUCUUACAGGACUCGCUGGGCGGGAACUGCCGCACCACCAUGUUCAUCUGUUGCUCUCCCUCCAGCUACAACGAUGUAGAGACCAAGUCCACCUUGAUGUUUGGCCAACGAGCCAAGACCAUCAGAAAUACUGUAUCAGUGAACCUGGAGCUCACAGCAGAGCAGUGGAAGAAGAAGUACGAAAAGGAAAAGGAGAAGAACAGGUCAUUGAAGGAGACUGUUCAAAGACUGGAGGCUGAGCUGAACCGCUGGAGGAAUGGUGAGGAUGUUGUUGCAUUCGAGGAUCUGAGCCCAGAAUCUGAGGACGUCCCCCUGGUGCCUCCUGAAUCCGAGGAGCCGCUCCCUGACAUCUGCAGCCCCUGCAGCCCUUGCUCAGUUGCCUCUUCCAUUGUGGUUCACAUCUCUGAGGAGGAGCGGCAGAAAUAUGAGGAGGAGAUCCGCAAGCUUUACAAACAGCUGGAUGAUAAGGAUGAUGAGAUCAACCACCAGAGCCAGAUGGUGGAGAAACUGAAGGAGCAGAUGCUCGACCAGGAGGAGCUCCUGGCAUCAUCCAGGGGAGACAGCGAGAAGGUGCAGUCUGAGCUCGGCAGGCUGCAAACGGAGAAUGAACACGCUAAGGCUGAGGUGAAGGAGGUCCUUCAGGCCCUGGAGGAGCUGGCAGUCAACUACGACCAGAAGAGCCUGGAGGUUGAGGAGAAAAGCGUGCAGAAUAAGCUGCUGGCUGAAGAGCUUGCAAAGAAAAUGGCUCACCUCAUGGCUUUGGAGGCAGAGCUGUCCCGUAUCCAGGAAGUGAGCAGCCACCAAAGGAAACGUAUUGCAGAGAUUCUCAAUGGCCUGAUGAGGGACCUGAGUGAGUUCAGCACCAUUGUUGGAAACAGGGACAUCAAGCUGCCCAUGGAGAUCACCGGUGCGAUCGAGGAGGAGUUCACAGUGGCCCGCCUUUACAUCAGUAAGAUAAAAUCAGAGGUGAAGUCCAUGGUGAAGCGCUGCCGCCACCUUGAGAACCUUCAGAUGGAGUGUCACCGCAAGAUGGAGGAGACGGGCAGAGAGCUUUCCUCCUGUCACCUCCUCAUUUCCCAGCACGAGGCGAAGAUACGCUCUCUGACGGAGUAUAUGCAGAAUGUGGAGCUGAAGAAGAGGAAGUUGGAGGAGAACUAUGACUCUCUGAGUGAGGAGCUGGCCAAACUCCAAGCUCAAGAGAGCAUGUCACAAGUGACUAGCGGGCAGAACCAGUCGUCCAUCCAGGAUUCCUGUGAUAUAAAGAGGGCUCUGGAGCAGCAGAUGGAGUCACACCGUGAGUCGCACAGCAAACAGCUUGGCCGCCUGCGAGACGAGAUCAAUGAGAAGCAGAAGAUCAUCGACGACUUAACUGAUUGUAACCAGAAGCAGCAUCUGGAGUUGGAGCAACUGCACUGUGACUUUGAACGUCUCAGGAGCCAAGAGCAUCACAAGAGCCGACAGCUGGAGGAACUGACAUUUCUCCAUGAGCGACAUGAGCAAUCAAAGCGGGACCUCAAAGGGCUGGAAGAGACUGUUGCUCGUGAGCUCUACACCCUGCACAACCUCCGCAAGCUUUUUGUCCAAGACCUCACGACUCGAGUGAGAAAAAGUGCACAGAUGGAGCCUGAUGAUAGCGGGGGAUACAUCACCCAGAAACAGAAGAUUUCCUUUCUUGAAAACAACCUGGACCAGCUUACAAAGGUUCACAAACAGCUGGUGCGUGACAACGCAGAUCUUCGCUGUGAGCUUCCAAAACUGGAGAAACGUCUUCGUUCUACAGCUGAGCGAGUUAAGGCCCUGGAGGGUGCGCUGAAGGAGGCCAAGGAGGGAGCCAUGAAGGAUCGGCGCCGCUACCAGCAGGAGGUGGAGCGUAUCAAAGAUGUGAUGAGGACUCGCAAUCCCUUCCGCCGGCCACAUGCUGCACAGAUAGCCAAGCCUGUGCGUGCUGGCCACUAUCCAGUGUGCUCUCCCACCAACCCGUUCUUCAUCAGAGGCUACAGCGAUCACCCUCUUCCCUUCUGCAAAGCCGAUUUCCACAACAACAGCAACAACCAGCAACAGGCGGCUGCUCCCGAUUCUCCCACAACACCAGAGAGUCCAGAGCCCAGACUACCAGAGGACAACUCCAAGCAGAACAGCCCCUCCAAACACCUUGACCCCCAAAGCAACGAUUCACAUGACAACGACGCUCAGGACAACAUGCCUCCAGCUGAACCGCCGAGCCAAACAGACAAGAGCACCGCAGAGAUGCUUGAUUCAGAAAAUGGAAACACCACAGAUAUCAAUGACAACAGCAUGUGUCUGAAUGUGAAUUCUGUGUCCAGAACUGAUGUCUGCGACAAUCAGGACCCAGCCAAACUCUACAGCCUGCAGCCCGAGGCCUCAGCUAGCUAAUAGUCUUGAGCAGGCAGACGUUUUUUCUGAGGCCUCCUCUGUAAAUCUGCAUGCAGCUGAUCACUGUCCACUCAGCCUCCCCCUCCCCUCUCACUCUCACCUGCUGUAAACAGACCUCUUUCUCCCUUCUCUCCUUCCCCUUGCUUGCUCCUCUUUAGUCCCUUCUCCUUCCUGCGUACAAUGAUGUGGGGUGUGUGUGGGUAUCUGUACGAUCCAUGGCAAGCACUGCAUCUCAAAUGCCCGACUUGGCAGCUUACACCCAUACUGCUACACACCCUCCCCCCAUGAAAACAAAGGGACCACAAAUAGAAAGGUGGGGAAGAAGGUGCAGUGUUGAAGGUAACCACUAGGGUGUGCUGUUUGUCUCAGUGAGGGCAUCACAGUGGACAUAAUGUCAGUGCGUUCAACAGUAAGAUGAGGGUAGUCUUUAUCAUUAUUAUUAUUAUUAAUAAUAAACAUACAUAUGGACUGGAAAACUCCAAGUUAAACAACAUAAAAACAGAGUGAACUAAGUACUAGUAUUUAUAUUUUUGACUGCAUGUUGAUUUUUGAUGUUGGUCUUCAGCUUUUCUCUGAAAAUAAAUGAAAGAGGGAAGAAAGCGUGGGAGGCAACAUUACUGUGAAACUGUCUCAGUCUAAAAUUACACUCUAAGUCAAUAUAAAUGGGGAAAUCAGUCUUAAAAAAUGUGUUGUGUUUGAAAGAUAAGGCUGCCAUUAUUCAGUGUUUUUAUUAUUGUCCACAAAUCUUAUGAAAAGACCAAAACCAACAAUGCAUUGCUCUGUCUCAGUAUGUAUAAUAAAUCUUUAAAAACAGGGCUUGAAUAUAUUGUUUCAUUUGCUCAGUAAUUUCCCCAAAACAACACAACACUGCAGUUUUACUUCUAUAACAGGAGUAAACAGCGCAUUUGUUUGGGACUAUGUUCAGCCAAGGAUUUACACACAUUUGGUGUGCUAGUGAGGUUGCAUUGUCACCUCACAGGCUUCUAGUUCGAACCCUGGGGUGGGGGAGCCCUUCUGUGCGGAGUCUGCAUGUUCUCCCCGUGUCAGUGUAGGUUUUCUCCCACAGUCCAAAAACAUGCAGGUUAGACUGUAGGUGUGAAUGUGAGCGUCAAUAGUUGCCUCUCUCUGUGUUAGCUCUGGCGACCUGUCCAGGUACACCACCUCUCGCCCAAUGUUGGCUGGGAUAGGCUCCAACGCCCACACGACCCCUAACAGGAUAAGUGGUUAAGAUAAAUGAAUGAAUGAAGGUAAAAAAAAUGGAAAUAACCACCAUGAAGUCAUCCAUUGGUUUGCGUUCUCCCAUUUUGGAGCCUUAGAUUUGGUAUUUUGUGCAUCGCCAUCUUGUUUUUUUUGGUGCCAGAAGCGAUGAGAAGUGAGAAUAUUCGGACACAAGGGUGGGGAUAACCAUAACGCUAGCUGCUAGCUUGGUUAGCACAGCACAUUUACAGCUAUGGUUAACUGUGAUAAAGCUAAUGCCAUGUUGUAAAAGUGAUUUUGCCAGUGAAAAACAAGCUCCAUAUCAUUCAUACAAAAUGUACUCACCAGAAAAACUGAACAUCCGACUGUUUAGAGGGUCGACCAAAACUUUCAUGGACUGAAAACACACUGAAAUGGCGACAUCUACUGUUACAUCUAUACUCUCUGAAUCUGGGGUUACACUAUGGUUACCUUACCUUACCUUACCUUACCAACUUGUCAGCAGGUGUCAUAAAUUUAAACAUUUAUAAAAAUUAACCCCAGCGCAGUUGUCAUCAAUGUUUAAACUAGCUAUAGACACCAAAAUGUUUUCUGCACCAGGCUGUUGUAAAGUUGGCCAUUUUAGCAUGGGGGUCUACGGGGACUGACUCGCUCUUGGAGCCAGCCUCAAGUGGCCGUUAGAGGAACUGCAGUUUUUGAUGCUCCUGCAUUGGCCUCAUUUUUCAGCCCUGCAGGUUGCUGCUUGGGUUUUACAGCAGCAGAAUGGUGAAUGAGGAACGACUCAAAAUAAACUGCAGUGCCCAUAUUCAUGGUAAUGAAGAAAUGUGUCAGCCAAUGCAGCGGUGUGACUCACUGAUGUGUUUUUGGAAACAAUGGCGGUUGCUGGCACAGAGAAACAAGCUUCUAUAUAUAUCAGGUUUUACAUACCAUACCUGCAUUGUUGGUUUGUGUCUUUUCGCAGGAUUUUGUUGACAACAAAAUAAAGAAUAUCACCAGACUUUACCCUUAAAGUGAUACACUGGAAAGUUUCAACUUAACUUCACUUAACAAUAUAGCCAAUCUGCAAAUCUUUCCCUUCCAUCCCAAAAACAUCAGGCUAAUUACAAUACUGUAUGAAUUUUUAGAAAUAGUGUCAGUAGUCAUAGUAACAAUAUAGCCCAUAAUGUUUUCUCAGAUCUAGGCAACUGUUGCCACAUAGGUAGACCAACCACACUAAACUAAAAUAAACACACACACACCUGCCAGUUGAAACUGGGCCAAGCCUUAAUUUAGACGAUAGAUGAUUUCACACAUUUGACUUUUUUUUUUACACAAAUUAAACAAAGAAAAAUUAAGUUUAUAUACAGGACUAUCUUUAACUCCUCAAGACUCUUCAGGACACUACAGUUUUAUAUUUUGGUACCCUUGAAAGAUAUAUUUCAGAUACUUACAUUCCACAAUAACAAAGUUUCUCUCUUGUUAGAUAAAGAUAAGUAGUCAAGCAAAUAACCCCUUAACCUAUAAACGGUCUAGCAACUUUUAGAUGACACUUUCACAUCAAGACAUUUUCAAUCUUAAAGCUUCAGAUGGCUCUGGUAUCGCCACUAUCUCACCAAGUGCAGGAAGAACCACAGCGCUAAAAGAGGAAGUUGGUUACAGCAUUGUUUAAAAUAAAACAUUCAAAUAUUCAGUGGUUAAAAUCAGUCACCACAACAUGUCUGACUCGCACUGGUUUAAACCAGUCUGACAAGCGAACUUCGUCUGAGCCCCAAGUAAAGUGUAAAACACAUGAUAGCUGAUUGUUUUUAAAAGACUGGCUGUGUCAUAGCAGAGAGACUUAAAGCUGUAAAUCAUCCCUACUAAAAAACUGCCUGUCAGGGAUCGUCUGUGAGACAUUCAGUCAUUGUCAUGUCAGCCAAAAGCAUGACAGAGUGAAGAAAAAAAGAAUUGUGUAGCAACUAUUUUUAUACUGCUAGUUCUAAUUUAAAAGAAAUAUAUAUUAUUUAUCAUUUGCUCUAUUUUAAAUGUAUUUAUUUGCUGUUUAUUCCUAAUUCACAGCAGUUGUUGAAUGUGAAGCAUUUGCAUUUGUUUUGUGCUUUGAAUGUUCUGGGUUUUAGAUUUCCAAUGUUUUGUCACUGAAUGAAAAUGCGUGCACGUGUGCAGCUGCCGUUCCAAUAUGAAUUUGUUCAGGAGAGGACUAAUCCUACGGCUCUUUAUGAACCACCUCAGAUUGAAACCAAAGCCCUGAUUGUAGUGAGUCAUUUAAAGACAUCUAUAUAAGCUCCGACGAAGGCAUAAACCAAGGGUUACUGUAGGUUAUCAGCUGAUACAGCCCUGUCUUAUUCUUCUGACACACACACUCACACACACACAGAUAUCGCACCUCAUCAGCUAAUGAGGUGUUGGAUCUUUGACCCCCCCCCCCCAAAUACAGAUAUAUUGCGUAUACUGUGUUACUUGGGUGCAGCCUGAGGUAUCUGAGCAGAUAAGUUGAUUGACUGUCAACACACACGCACUGAUGAUCACGCCGCUCUUCAAACUCCCGUUGACCUCCUGAUCAGCCAGUCAGGAUGAGAGAGUCAAGGGUGACAGUGGAUGGACUCUAUGUGUGUGUGUGUGUGUGUGUGUGUGUUUUGGGAAAGAACAGGAGCUGUAUCCUCUUGGCGGGGUCUUUCACUCUUUGACUUUCUGCAAUCCUAUUAAGAAAACAGAUCAGUAACACUUCAGAUUACCGCUUGCAAAUUACAGUCUAGAUAUUUUUUUAAUACUGAUGGAGUAUUACAGGGUAUGCAUGAGGGAAGAAGUGUGCAAGGUUACAAAUUUGUGUUUAGGGUGGACCUUAAAAGUGCAAUAUAUGACAUCUGAGUGUCUCUGUUUGUUGUUUUGGUAGAUGGUCUGGCUGUGUGUGCAAUGUUGGAGCAUGUAAGUCUCUCCUUUCAUGUCCCGCUGGCUAGCUAAUGGCUGCCACUCUGCACUGCGCUCAUAUGAAGCUGAUAACACCUUCCCGACCCACAUUGGUAAACUAGCAUUGUUACGGAAAUAAUGUCCACCCUCUGCCCCCCCUCCAGUGAACACUGUUGAAAACACUGUUAACUCAGUCAACACUGUUGCCAUUGUUAGCACUGUUGACGGUGUUAGCACUGCGUGCAUGGCCAUUGUAGUUCAUCGCUGCCACUUCGGCUCAGCAACCUCCAUGUUUGUCAUAUCGUGCACCUUUAAAGUACUGAUUUAAUUCACUGGUACAGACAGGGGAUCUUAACGUACAGUCCAAUUCAAUUUGAAUUGUAAUGCCCAAUAAAAACUCCCAAAAAAACACCUCUAUAAGGGUAAAAACAGUAGAAAUGUUUGAAAUAUAUGAAAAGGAGCUUAAUAAGGAUGACUAUAAUAAAUGAUGUGGUACACUUUAAUAGUCCACACACCUGAAGAGAGAGAGAAAAGCUCAUCAGGCUGUACAGUACUUUAUACUGUUUGUUGUCCAAUAAAACUCAAGAGUUGAGAUUAUUUCUGAUUGAAUAUGCAUGUAUUUGGCUCCACAGUUGUUUUUGUUGAAGUUGUGAUUGUCAGUCGGAUUCCAAAACAACAUUAGUGUUCUUCAGUAUUUUAUCGGAAAAUUAAAAACAUGCACCUAAAUAUUUUACAGCUACAGAUGUAAUGGCUGUAAGGCAUAUGUUUCAGUGCCCAUCGACAUAUAAUGCACGGCAUAUAAAUAAUAAAAGAAGACAAAGAUAUAUUUUAUUAAUCCCCGAGGGGAUUAAUUCAAUUCAAUUCAAUAAUUCAUUUGUUUUUCAAACACAGGCCUGAAAUACACACACAUGCACAAACAGGACCUAUUGCAUUAAAUGGAGAGAUGUCAGAGUGAGGGGGGGGGCCCAUGGACGGUCACGCUGAGCAGUUGGGGGUUUGGUGCCUUGCUCAAGAGCACUUCGGCAGUGCCCAGGAGGCAAACUGGCACCUCUCCAGCCACCAGUCCAUGCUCAUAUUUGGUCUUUUUUUCAGAUAUACCAUCAUCAUGAACCUGCCAGGUAUUUCAGGAUUAAUCGAAUUAAUCAUUUUGUCCAUAAAAUGUCAAAAAAUUGUAAAAAAAAUGCUCAUCACAAUUUUUCCAUAGCCAAAAGUGACAUCCACAAAUCACUUUGUUUGUCCAACCAGCAGUUUAAAACCUGAAAACUGAACUGAAAACAUUUACGAUCAUAAAUGGCAAAGACAAGCAGCAAAUUCUCACAUUUAAGAAGCUGGACCCAGCUAAUGUUAGACAUUUUUCCUUAAAAUAUGACUGAAACUGUUAAUUAUAAAAUUAGCUGGCACUGUUACUCCUGUUUUCCCUCUUAAACAUGAAGUGUUACCCCUUUAUACCUUAACAUCUUGUCUUCUUCCCUGUGCCUCCAUAUGUUUCCCCAUAUAGUUACCCAGUAAGUAUUUCACUGAAAUGAUUACAAUACAUAAAUUGUGGGCUGUAAUCUGAAGCAUUACCGACAGACCUGCUCUUCUCAUUGUAUUGAGGCUUAUCAGAAAUGCAUGAAGCACUUUAUCACAUUAUUUUCUUUGUGCUUUCUGUCUCUCUUCCUCUUCACAAGACUUUACACUUGGUAUCUUACACCGCAGUUGGACUUUCUCCAAAGGGUCAAAAAAGCUUAUUGAACUUGAAAAACUUUAUCAUCGAAGUUGCGUGUGUUUGCAUAACCUAUAGAAACCAUGUGUUGAAUGUGAAUGGCUUUUUUUUUGGGUCAGUUUGCUGUGAAAUCAAUGAAAACCACAAAGAAAACAACAUUUCUCCCGACAUGCACUAUGGUUGUUUACUGAGCUGUAAAUGUUUGGAUGACUGAGUGUAGAAUUUAUUUUCAGUCUUAUUGUUCUGUUUGUCUGACAGUAAUUGUAGCCAGACUAAAAAAAAUAUUCUGGCAAGGUAAAAAAUAUGUGAUACUGUAGCCUAAAUAUGCAGAAAUAUAACUAUGACAAGAAUGGUAAGGGGGUUUUAAAAAAAUAAUAACAACAGAUGCAAAAUGUCUGUGUUUGUUUGUACACGUGUGCAUUGGUUGGCUUGUUUAUAGCGUGUGAUUUAGUGCAUGCAGUACUUUCUUCUGUAGCUGCUGAGAAACAGUACUGUUAUCUCAUGAGACUCCUUUCAAUAAAGAUGAUCCUGUG